CUGAUGGAAUCACACGGGUAGACGACUCACUCAGGUCAGGUUCGACGCCUUAAAGAAGAAGAAGAAGAAGAAGCAUAAGAAGCAUUUCUUUUAAAAACCAACCAGAACCUAUUUUAUUUCGUUUGUUCCUUUUUUUUUUUUUGUGCGUGUGUGUUGCGUGUUCAGCGAACUCAGGACUCACCUGUCGGCGGCCCGGCCCUGCAGGUUCACCUCGGAAAAAAACAACCUGCUGGCAGGAGAGAAGUGGUGGGGAGGAGGAAUUAAAGGCUUUUUAGGCAGUUUUCUUUUUUAACUAGCGGAUCCCUGAUGGACUACAUGGACAGUGGACUCAGAUACACCCCGACCUCGGACAAAGACUGGGACACGUCCGUCCAGUUCCUGCCGGCAUCGGAUAACAAAAAGUUCGAGAAGAAAAAGGGAAAGAAAGUUGGGGCUGUGAUCGGUGUGGUGAUCUUUGCCGCCGUGGUGGCGCUUAUGACCGGGCUUCUGGUCUGGCACUUUCACUUCCGUAAAGAUGUUCGGGUGAAGAGGAUGUACUCCGGCUCCAUGCGGAUCACCAACCAGGUGUUCGAUAACGACUACGAGAACUCCAGCACUCAAGCUUUUAAAAUGCUGGCGAAGCAGGUGACUGAUCAGCUCAAAAGCAUCUAUUCCAAAAGUCCACAGCUGUCCAAAUACUAUGUGGGAUCUGCGGUUCAGGCUUUCAGUGAAGGCAGCGUCAUCGCCUACUACCUGUCUGAGUUCAAAGUGCCCGCGGGCCAAGAGGCAUCCGUCGACAAAGCCAUGUCUGACGUGGACAAGUUAGCGGACAAAGAGAGGCGUACCUUUACGAGACCUCACAACUCUUUGGCCCUUGAAGAUGUGAUGUCCUCAGCUCUCGAUACUCGAUUGUUUAUGACUUCGUUCAAAACCCAUCUCAAGUUUACAGAACAUACACGGCCUGAUAAAACGACUUAUAUCCAGUCCCCUGGCUUCCCCAACAGUCCCUAUCCACCCCAAGCCUUCAUGGAGUGGCAGCUGAGAGCAGACCCCGGCUACAUCAUCAAGCUCAAGUUUGAUACAGUGAAUCUGGAAGAGGACUGCAAGAAUGACUUUGUCAAAAUCUACGAUUCCCUUGUAGCCAUCGAGAACCGCGUCAUGGAAGAGAUGUGCGGGUACUACUCUCCUAGUGAACCGCUGACCUUUCUUUCCUCUGGCAACGUCAUGCUGGUGACGAUGGCCACGAACGAGGAGAAGAACUUCCCAGGUUUUAGAGCAGAAGUGACACAGAUUAAAAGGAAAACUAAAGCUGCAACAUGUGGUGGCCAGUUGAAAGGAGCGAAAGGAACUUUCUCUUCUCCUAACUUCCCAAAUUACUAUCCUCCUUCAACAGAAUGUCAGUGGACGAUCGAGGUCCCUGAAGGGAAGGGAGUGAAGGUAACAUUCAAAAAGUUCCUCUUGUCUGAGCCUGGGCUGGAACAGAGUAAGGACUGUCCCAAAGACUACGUGGACUUCAACGGAAAUAAAGUGUGUGGAGAACAACCCGAUGGAACCGUGACAGACACCAGCAGCACCAACACAAUGACGGUGACGUUUAACUCGGAUGCCUCCUAUGUGGACCGAGGUUUCACCGCAGAGUAUGAAGCCGUUGACGUGAAAGACCCCUGCCCGCAACAGUUCCAAUGCAAAAAUCAGAAGUGUAUCAGUAAGGCACUCACAUGCGACGGCUGGAACGACUGUGGAGACAUGAGCGAUGAGCUGAAGUGCACCUGCAAAUCAGAUAGUAUCACUUGCAAAAAUGGUCUGUGUAAGCCCAUGUUCUGGAAAUGUGAUGGUGUCGAUGACUGUGGAGACGGCACCGAUGAGAAGGGCUGUGGUGGAUGCAAGUCGGGAGAGAUGAUGUGCAAGAAUAACAAAUGCGUUUCGGAGAAGAAGCGCUGUGACGGCAGGAACGACUGCGGUGACGGCAGCGAUGAGCUCGACUGUGGGACCUCACGUGUUUCCUGCACUGAUUUAACAUACAAAUGCAAAGACAAUACAUGUCUCAGUAAAGUGAAUCCAGAGUGUGACGGAACGCAGGACUGUGAGGACGGAUCUGAUGAGGAGAACUGUGACUGUGGGAGGAGCAUGUUCAAGACGUCGCGUAUCGUCGGCGGUCAGAAUGCAGAUGAAGGGGAGUUUCCGUGGCAGGUCAGCCUCCACGUCAAAAACUCCGGCCACGUGUGCGGAGCCUCUAUCAUCAGUCCAAAGUGGCUGGUCACUGCUGCCCACUGCGUGCAGGACGACGGCAGACUGAGGUUGUCCCAGCCUGAAACCUGGGAGGCUUACCUCGGCCUUCAUGCCCAGUCAAACGUCGGAAAAACCGUAGUAAAGAAGAACCUGAAAAAGAUCAUACCGCACCCUAAUUACAAUGCAUACACCUACGACAACGACAUCGCCCUGAUGGAACUCGACAGUCCUGUUACGUACUCUGACUACAUCAAACCCGUCUGCAUGCCCGCGCCCCAACACGACUUUCCGUCUGGCCAUAGCGUGUGGAUCACAGGGUGGGGAGCCACUCGAGAAGGAGGAUAUGGUGCAACAGUGCUGCAGAAAGCUCAGGUCCGGAUCAUAAAUGGCACCGUCUGUAACAAGUUGAUGGAAGGGCAGAUUACAUCCCGCAUGUUGUGUGCUGGAGUGCUGGCUGGAGGAGUUGAUGCUUGUCAGGGAGACUCUGGCGGUCCUCUGUCCAGUCCGUCUGGCAGUCGUAUGUUCUUGGCAGGAGUGGUGAGUUGGGGUGACGGCUGUGCGCGCAGAAACAAACCAGGUGUCUACACGACGGUCACCAAAUACCGCGGCUGGAUCCAACAACACACAGGAGUGUAGUCUUCUGAGAAACGGUCAAACAAGGCUAAGAUAUGGACAUAAACUCAGACUGAUGACAAAUACCGCAGCACGGAUUGUUGUCGGUAAAUACCACUCCCAGUAUCCAGCUGAUGUAGUGGCCUUGACUCCCAUUUGUAGCUGCAGAGGCACAUGCUCUGUUUGCUUGAACGACACAUUUUAGAUGAACUGUGAUUUUUAUGAGAGGGGGUGAAAUGUUUUUAAAAUGUAAAUAAAGCUUUUAUUUUUGUGUGUUUUUAUUGUAUAUUGACGGAGAGCAAUAAUAUGUGCUGCUCAGCAAAUAGAUUCCAGGUGUGAUUGUUACAUGUGUAGACGUAUGAAAUGGGCAUUCUUGCGCCCUGUGUGUGUUAUUGGUAUCCAUCUUCUACAUCAAGAAUUUUCCCACUGCUGUCCCUUGUUGUCUUUGUUCACAAUUUUAUAAAUUAAAAACAAAAUGACGACAAGCUCAUUCCAUUUUACCUCCUAUGGAUUGGUAUCUGAAGUCCAGCAGAAAGAACUGUCACCAUGGAUGCCAUUUAUUUUUAACAGAUAUGAACUGCUUCUCUCAGAUCAAAUACUGGUUUCAUUUGUGAUGUGCUCUUUCAUGUUUAAUCUGCCAAUUUGACCUCUUCCAUUUAACACAAUAUUGGUAAUAUAUGCCCAGAUUUGUCUUCCUGUCUGUGUAAAUGUGUAUUUUAUAGCAGAUGUUUAAAAUAAAAUAUUUCUGAUAAGA